AUGGAGAACAAAUCGCCCCGAAACGAUACGACGUCGAAUGUGGUGUUGCCGCCCUUACCCACCUCCGCGAGGGCGGGAACGGAGACCGUCGAGGCGCGGCGAAAUAAACUCAAAAGCAUCUUCGCGAUGAUGUCGAACGUCACCACGGGCGAUCGCGAAGGAGGCGGUGGAGGAGCGGGGGGAUAUAGCGGCCUCAUGGAGGAGGAAACGAGGGGAAAAGGGGUGCUCAACGGCGUUUUUUCCGCCGGAGGUAUGGCGCGUUCCGUCAGCGGCGGCGGUCGCGCGAUGGUGACGCCGCUCAAAGGCAGCUGCAGCCUUCCCGACGCCGUCGGCGAGCACGGCCGCGCCGCGCAAGGCAUCGACCGCACCCUGAGCAGCAUGAGUCGGACGCUUCGGUUGUUAUUGCGGGAUUUGGAUCACACGCAGGAUAAGGUCCUCCCUCGCGAGGUCGAGGCCCUGAUCGAGGAAGGGCAUCAACGGUAUUGGGAAGGAUUGCAUUGUCGGAGCCGCCACGGAGGCUCCGACGGCUUGCUGGUGGUGGGAAACGAUCGCGAUAGUUUGGAGUGGCGGCUGCAGCUGCAACGCGCGCGAACCGCCGCGGCGGAUGAGGUGUAUUCGCUCGAGCAAUCCGUCGCCGACUACUCCGCGGCGCCGCCGAUGCCGCGGGAAGGGGUCGCGAGCGCCUCGGAUGCGAUGUGGAGCCUCGAGAUGGAGGCGAUCGCCGAUGCGUUGCGAAAAAUCCGCGAAUCCGCCCUUGCGAUUACCGAAUUGCAUAACAACGUGAGUCUGCCGUGGUGGUCGUCGCCGUUGCGGACGCGGGAUAUGAAGAUCGCGACGAUUCGGUUGAAUUAUCACGCCCGGCGGGCGUUGUUGUGGGAUUGGCGAUGUCAUAAUCAGCUCUUGAUUCGCGCCACGCAGCUGAAUCACCUCACAAACGGCAACGGCGUGGAGUUGAUUAAACUCCAGGAGAACCUGCGAACCUUUCUGAAGUUGAUUGAUUGGAGCAAGAUGAACACGGCGACGCUCACGAAGGAGAUGGUGGGGCUGCAGGAGCAGCUUCGCGAGGCGAAUAUCCGGCGGGAGGAGCUGCAAUCCGCGCUCCUCGCGGAAUGCCGCGAGCUCCGCCUCGUGCCCGUCUCCUUCCCGCCGGAAGGGCAUUUAGUCGACAAGAACGACGAAGAAAGCGAGGAGAACGGGGCGAUGCGGGAACCCGCGAGCAACGCGCCCGUCGCGGAGCUCGCGCUGCUGCUUUUGCGGCAUACCUGGCCGGAGGAAUUGCGGGAGGACGUGGAGCGGGUGAGGGAGUGGCUGCGGACGGUACCGACGGUGCUGGAAUAA